AAUUUGCACAUGCCUUUUCGUGAUACCAUGUGGGGAUUUGUUUACAAUUUUAUUUUGUGAAUUAUUGUAAAUAAAUAUGCAGCAGCAAGGCCAUCGAGCUGGUACUCUGAAGCAAAGUAACAAAGUUCAUAAAUCACGGCAUAAAUCCAAACGCGGCGUUGCAGCAGCCGUAAAAGGCAAGGUAAACGUUAAGGAAUUCGUCCGCCGUAACAAACAUGUGCUCAAAAAGGAAGAACGUAGACAUCAGGCUUUGCAAAUACGCAAAAACAAACGCGAAGAGGUUAUCGCAACGAAACGCGCCGUUGGAGGGUGCAGGAGCCCUCCCUUCCUGGUGUGUGUCGUGGCGCUGAACGCCCGGCUCGAUGUACAGUCAGCCAUAUCUAUACUCACCACAUGUUCCGAAAAUGCUAAUGUUUCCAAGUCCCCAAAUGGAGUUGUUCAUAUAGGGGUUUCCAGUUUCAAAUACCGUUACUCCUUCAUAUGCCCAGAAACACAUGAUGAGUUUGGCCUCCUUGACGCUUUAAAAGUGGCAGAUACAGUAUUGUAUGUGAGCUCGGCCCUGGACGAACCGGUUGACGAAUGGGGAGAGAAAGUACUAGCCUUAUCUAUGGCCCAGGGAAUGCCUACACCAGUAGUCGUGGCUAUGGACAUAGAAGGUGUCCAUCCAAAGAAACGCACAACAGAGAAGCAGAACGUUCAGAAGCUAGUCUCAAAAUGGCUGCCAGAUGAAAAGGUGAUGCAGCUAGACAAGAGCUCUGAUGGCUUGAAUGUCCUACGCAGGAUUGGAAACAUGAGACGCAAUGUGUUACACCACAGAGAAAGAAGGCCAUACAUGUUAGCGGAGGAGGUGGAAUAUGUGCCUGAUGCAGAAGGUGACAGUGGUAUUCUGAAAGUGAAGGGCUACUCACGAGGCGCGGGUCUGAGUGUCAACAGUUUAAUUCACAUCAGUGGUUUGGGAGAUUUUCAAAUUUCACAGAUUGAUGGGCAUGAUGAUCCUCACCCAUUGAGUUCAGUAAAGGAAAACUCCAAAUCUGACUCAAUGGACGCGGAGUUCAAUCAAGUAUCGGUCCUGCAAGUGGCUGAUCCCUCGAAGCAAGAGAGUCUGGUCUGUGAGAACAUCCCCAACCCGAUGGACGCUGAGCAGACCUGGCCCACCGAGGAGGAAAUAGAAAUGGCUAACCAAGAGACUAAGACGAAGAAAGUCAAGAAGGUUCCGAAGGGCUGGUCGGAGUACCAGGCGGCGUGGAUCGUGGAGUCCGACGCGGAGGGGGAUGAUGAGCCCGCUGACGACGAGAGUGAGGAGGAUGGUGACGCUGAGUUCAUGUCGUGCGAGGAGUCCGACUCGGACGGCGGCGAUGACGAGCGCGUGGACGACAGCGAGUCCGUCGCCGAGUCCGCUGUUGAACCCACUGAUGAAAGAUACGACGCAACAAUAGACGCUUUCGAAGAGCACUCCCAACUGCAGAAGCUGCAAGCGGCUCGCGAGGACCGGCAGUUCCCGGAUGAAGUGGACACGCCGCAGGAUGCCGCGGCCAAGGACAGAUUCAGCAAGUAUAGGGGACUGGAGUCUUUCAGGACCUCCCCAUGGGAUGUGAAGGAGAACCUUCCCUCGGACUACGCGCGUAUCUUUCAGUUCGAGAACUACGAGCGCUCGCGCCGACGCGUCUUCAAGGAGGCUGAGGAUACGUUUACUAAUGUCCACUGCGGCGCCUACAUCACAGUCCACAUCAAGGGCGUGCGCCAAGACCUGUGGAAAGCCUACCAGAGCGGCUCCACCAACGCCCCUCUAGCACUGUUCGGUCUCCUGCCCCACGAGAACAAGAUGUCGGUCAUGAACGUGGUCUUGAAGAGGACGGGUGCUUCGGAUGAGCCGAUACAGAGCAAGGAGAAGCUUAUUUUGCAGGUCGGAUAUCGGCGUAUGAUCGUGAACCCGGUGUUCAGCCAACACACUAAUGGCGGGAAACAUAAGUACGAGAGAUUCUUCCAGCCUUCCUCAACGUGUGUGGCCACAUUCUUCGCGCCCAUACAGUUCAGUCCAUCCUCGGUCUUGUGCUUCAAGGAGAAGAAGAACUCAAAGCUCCAGCUAGUAGCUUCAGGAGUGCUGCUAUCCUGCAACCCCGACCGACUCAUCAUCAAGAGAAUAGUGCUCUCCGGACACCCAUACAAGGUGAACAAACGGUCGGCGGUGAUCCGCUUCAUGUUCUUCAACCGCGAGGACGUGCAGUACUUCCGCCCCUGCAAGCUCAGGACCAAGUACGGCCGCUCCGGCCACAUCAAGGAACCGCUCGGAACCCACGGCCACAUGAAGUGCGUGUUCGACGGGCAGCUCAAGUCUCAAGACACGAUCCUUCUCAACCUCUACAAGAGGGUAUUCCCGAAGUGGACUUACGAGCCGUGCAUAGUGCACACUAGUGGUGAAGACGACACUAUGGAGUGAGGAGUGGAGAGUAGUGGUUAAUAAAUAGAGUUGUAUUAUGUUA